AUGAAGUUCCGUGUUUGUGAGAUCAAAGUGAUAUCUUUAUGAAAAAAAUCAUUUUUUUAUUCCGUUCUAAGAGCUAGUAAAAAAAGUAAAUCAAGAAUUUUUUUCUAGAAAUCCAUUUUUUUAGCUUACAAAGCUCAUGAGAAUUCACCGAAUAAGAUCUUUUCAUUAUCAUUUUGAUAUUUGAAAAAAAUAGAGGGGGGAUCAUUUUUAACACUUCAACAUUUUAAAGCUCCAAUUUCCCUUGUGAACCAAAUCUUUCUUCAAUUUCAGCUUUUGUUUCAUUGAUAAUGGAAUGGAAAAAGGCAAAAAGUCAAUAAUAUGGGCGGAAGUCGGGAGAAAAAAAGGGCGAAAAAAAUGGAUAAUUUUUUUCUUUGAUAACUAGUUUUUCAAACUUUUUCCCAGAAUUAAAAUUUAAAAAAAUAUUUGGGUAAUUUUUUUCUUUGAUAACUCAAACUUUUGUCAAAAAUCAAAAGUUCAAAAAAAUAUUUGGGCGGAAAUCGGGAGAAAAAAAGGGCGAAAAAAAUGGGACAAAAAAAGGGCGAGAAAUGGAUAAUUUUCUUUUUAAUAACUAGUUUUUCAAACUUUUGUCAAAAUCGAAAAUUCAAUAAUAUGGGCGGAAAUCGGGAGAUAAAAAGGGGGUAAAAAAAUCAAUAAUUUUUUUCAAAACCUGUAUACAAAUUUUUUUGCCGAAAUCGUUAGUCAAGUGGUAUCUACAAGAAAAAAAUUUUUCAAACUCAUCAAAAAUCUUGGAUUCGAAAACAAAUUUGAAAAAGUUGGAUAUCCUUUUUUCAGGCCCAACGACCUUGUCGAACCAUCCAAAUCCGAAUGGCCUUCCGGUUUGCUUCAUCUGCGGCCGCCCUAUUUUUGUGAGUUGGGAGCUUUUUCAGAAGGAGAAAAAAAUAAAACCUUCAAAAAAAGUUUAUACAAUUUUUUUCAAAGCAAAAAAACUUGGGCUUCGAAAAUAGAUUUUUUUAGUAGAUUUUUUUGUAAGAUUUCAUUCGGACCUGUAUUCAACAUAUUAUUUUUAUUUUUUUCCUUCGAAAUGACUUGUGCGCUCUAUCGCAACUCCCUUCGUGACGUCAGACAAUACUUUAACAUUUUAAAAAGGGUCCAAUGAUUUUUAAAUGUUGUCAGAAAUUAUACACACAACUCUGGCUUGUGCGCUCUAUCGCACACUUUUCCGUGGACGCUUACGAAAACAGUUUUGCAGAGGAGUCAUGGCCCGAGCGGCUGGACGAGACCUCCACGGCGACUGCUUGUCGUGUGCCACCUGUGGAAACUCCCUUCGCAACGUCGGACAUCAUUUUAUCGAUGGUUUAUCGAUUUUCCAAUCUUUGGUUGAAAUGAAACUAGGCCAAUCCAGGCUUGGCUUCAGGCCGGCCCGGGCUUUCAAAUCAUUUAUUUUCUUGUUUUAGUCUGAUGUAAUCGACUAGGCGGUGAACAAGAACUUCAAAAGCUAUAACGAACAACCGCCUUUGGCGAACUAGAAGUCCAAACGUGUAGUCGAAAGAGUUGAAAGCAUGGUCUUACGAUCCUCUGCCUCGUCCUUCUGCGCGUAGUCCAUUCAGUUGCGCCUUGACGAGCUCAAAAUGUAGUGGAUGGUGUAGCUGGAGCUCGGAGACCGCGCUCUAGGUGAAAGCCUCAGAAUGAGAGCGACCAAUUCGAGGGAAGAUUUUACACGGAAUGAAGAUUUUACACGGAAUGAAGAUUUUACACGGAAUCUUUGGGCUCUUGUUUUUGAUAAAAACUUUGCGCGAACUCGGGCCAGGCUCAUACGUCGCUCUGCCAGAAUGGCGCACGGUGCCGUCUAGCCUCAUGCACUUCGGUGCAUAACUUGGACCUGCACCGUGCAACAUCGGUGAUUUUUUGGUGCCACACGGGUGCACAGAGGCGGCUGGAUCCAACCCCGAGGUGCGGUCUACCCCCUCCCCCUCCCCCUCCCUCUCAAAUUGCGGCCUAUCUCCUUCAAAUUGCGACCUACCCCCCAAAAAAAUUGUGGCUUAUAGGGAUCUAGCCGAUGUAUGACCAGGCUUCUCUUCGAAAUUUUUUUAACUUGUCCGGAAUUUUCGAAAAAAAAUAGUUCAGAAAAAACGACAAACUUUUCAGACAAGUUCUACUGCGACAUUCACGGAAGCCAGAAGAAGACUGGUGGACGUCCCUCGAUGGAUCCCAACCUUUUUGUGUCGGUAUUCAAUUUUUGAAGGAUUCAGUUUUUGCGCAAAAAAAAACCAUUUUUUUUUCAUACCAAACUGGUUUUCCUUUUUUUUUCCAUGAAACUUGGUUGGACAGGGAAAUGGAUCCAGCUGACUUUCUUCCGUUUGAUGUAUCAGGAACCAUUUCUAAGGAGUUUUGUCAACUGCUAUCAAGAAAUAUAGGGCGCUGAAGGAAGUAAACUAUUAUUUACAGAAAAUCCCCUCCCACCGCCGCUCACCCGACUCGACCCGUCGAAAGCCCCAAGGCCGCCUAUCAGCCAAGUGUUCGUUGAUCUCAGGUCGAAAAGUCAACCUGAAAACUUAUUUUUUCAGGUUAUGGCGACCCGUCCCCUCUCUGUCUCGCCGACACUGGGCGCCGGAGGCGGGACCACUGUCACCACUCAUUAUCACACGCCCAAGACUCAAGGCAUCCUUAGGUAG